CAUAGUCCUUAAGCCAACACACACAAAAAAGCAGUUCGUGCUGGGAUCCCAAUUUUAUUCCACAAAAGAAAAGAAAGGAAAACCACGAAACGAUACCACUGCUUCUAGCCCCACCCACGGAACGAACAUAAGGGUAUCCCCUAAUGUAUGCCACCCAAAGAGACGACAUGAAGAUCUUUGUCGCCGCAGAAGUAGCCGCCGCCGACGCUGCCACGAGCACCGCUGCCACCGCUGGGUGCAGCGCACUGCCCGUGCAGCAGCAGCGAGAAUUCCGUCCUGGCUCCAAUCUGAAGUACAACGGAAAAUACAACAACAAGACAUCGAAUCUGCUGAGGCAGGUGACGAGCUACCACAACAGCAUCACUAGCAUAAAUGGCCUCAACGAGGCCGCCAGCAACACUAAAAAUCAACAGCAUCAGCAGCAGCAGAAACCACAGAUGCUCUAUACGAAUCACAGUCACUCGUUGGCCAGAAAGAAAUAUUUUGGUAGUAACAGCAAUUUACAGCAGCAGCAGCAGCAGCAAUCGUCCUACUACCAACAGCAGCAGCAACAGCAGCAAAAUCUUAACAACAAUAAUUUGUUAAUGAAAAAUCAAAAUAUAAUACAGCAACAAAUGUCCGACUGCAAGCUGAGUGAUGGCAAUAAUAACAAUAAUAGCCAGAAAACAUCAAGCAAAUGGCUGAACAACAACAACAAGAAACGCAGCUCUCCCUCCACAUCCAUAGAGUCGACAUCGUCGUAUUAUCGCAGCAGUCCCGAUUCCUCAACGGAGGCCUCCUCAACCACAACCACAGCGGCCACAAGUCUCUGCAGCAAUAGCUCUAGCUCUACCAGUCCCAACGAGGAUGCAGAGACUGGUGAAACGGGGGAAGGGAAGCAGCUAGCAGGAGCAGCAGCAGCAGCAUCAGCAGCAGGAGCUGGAGAGAGCCUGAAGGCAGCGAGACCACCCCGGCAGCAGCCAUUGAGCUUCUGGAAGACCAACUAUCCACAGCAGCCCACCAAUCAAAUGAAGAAUCAAGUGGGAAUGACUGUGGCCAGCCAGAAGGAGGCACUGGCUGUGGAACAGCAACAACAGCAGCAGCAACAGCAACAGCAGGGACUGUCCUACGACCAGAGACGCAACUCUGGGGGUGGAUAUCAGCAACAUCAGCAAAACUAUUAUCAAUAUUAUUAUCCACAGCCCAAGCAGCUGACAAUAGCCUCGUUUUUGCAAAAGGAACUCCUGCCGGAAGCCAACAGCAGCAGCAACAACAACAGCAACACCAACAGCACCGACAAAAACAGCGGCAGCAACAACAGCUUUGGCAGGCAUCCAGCAACAGGAGGAGGAGGAGCAGGAGCAGGGAGCGGUGGCUACCAACAGCAUCGCUAUAGGAAUGCACAAUACCUCUAUCAGCAUUACCAGCAGCAGGCGCAGGCGCAGCAGCAGCAGCAGCAUGCCCAACAGCAGCAGCAGCAGCAGCAGCAUGGGACUAGCACCCAUUUUCGGCGUAAGCACAGCGACAAUCAUGGGAACAACAACAAGAAAAUGCACUACAGUUCCGAAAGCAUCGUUGGCCCUCAAAAGUCCAUUGAGAUAUUGCCCAGUAGCAAUUUCAAUGCAAUGCAUCGACGCAUUCAGGGCGGGAAUGGCGGGAAGAAUGGAUACUACCAGCAUCACUACCAUGCGGUGAUCGGUGAGAGUGGGGGGGCGGCAACCACGCCGACCAGCUACGAGCAUCAGAAUCUGUACAAUCUCACCUACGUAAAUGUGGAUAAGGAUGCCUGCAGCGAAGGAGCAGCAGCCAAAAUAGGAGGAGGAAAAGCCGCAGCAGCAGCAGCUACCACAGCUCCUGGCGGGGCCCCGACAACUGUUAUCUCACCGGCCGCUGGGAAACUGUCGCUGCUGUCGAAGCCAAGCAUCACCCUAACAACGGCCUCGUCACCGUCUGUACUGGGCACCACCGCACCAGUGGCCAUUCCUGUGGCCAGGAAUAUGUUUGUGCCCCCGCCGCCACUGCCGUUGGCCCUGCUCUCGCCGAUGGAUAGCAGUGGCCACAGCCAUUCGCCGGGCACAACGCCCACCAAUAUGAUAAGCUGCGCCCAGCUGGACGAGGCCAUCACAGCGGCGGCUGCCAGCGGAACGGCCACGGGCGAACAGCAGGCGGCGGCUAGCCACAGUCCCAACUUUCCUUCAGGUGUGCCAUUCCUCAUCCAGCAGCAGCCGCCACCGCCACACAGCCUCAAGGGACAGCCGCCACAGCAGCUGUUCUUUCACUUUGGCGAGGCGUAUGCCAAUCCGGCACCUCCGCCGCCACCGCCUGCUGGAGUGUGGCCGCAUCCAAGCUCCCCCUGCUACCCACCCACUGUGUCGCCCCACAGCGUGCCUGGACACCGCUCCGUUUCGCCUACCCUGUCCUCCAACUCCUCCUCCCUCGGGAGUGAGUCCCAUUGGAGUAGCAACAGCAGCCGAUUGAUAGGUCCGUCGCUAUCCCCGUCGCAGCGCGCUGCUGCCUCAAACGCCGGAACAGCCGUACACCACCGGGCACAUAUGCACGGCCACAAUAUGAACGUCGCUGGCGCCGCUUUUAACCCAUCGCUGUCGCAUCAUGUACCGACAUCGCCAAUAUCCAGUAACCUUCCCUGGUACGAGGUCAUCUUGCCGCCAGAUCGCUUCCUGACACAAGCGCGCAACAUGGAGCUGACCGUGCAGCCAGAGGAACUUCUUUGCAACUCCAAAUUCGACAAGCUGUCGAUGCAGAUAUGGGAGCGCUUCCUUCGAGCCCAGCAGACCACAAGAAAAUUCAAGAUUAAGAUGCGUCUGUGGCGCUUUCUAUUGCUAUGGAUGGCCCCAAUGUUUGCCAAGUAUCGCAUUUGGCUGGUGGGCUCGACCAUCACUGGCUUUGGCACGGAUACAUCCGACAUUGAUAUGUGCCUGCUGGGCGGGCCACCGCAUUUGCAUUCGCAUCAUCGGCUGCACCAUUAUCAGCAGCACCAGCACCAGCAUCAAGGGCAGAAUGCCCAUCCACAUGCACAUCACUAUCAAAGCGAUAUGCAGAAUGAGAAGCGUGCGGAGGCAUUGAUGAUUCUGAAUCUGUUCCAGUCUGUGCUCAGGAAGACAGUUGUCUUUCGUGAUUUCAAUUUGAUUGAGGCGCGUGUUCCAAUAUUGCGCUUCAAGGAUAUACUCAAUGAGAUUGAAGUGGAUUUGAAUUUUAAUAAUUGCGUGGGAAUCAUGAACACCUAUCUGUUACAACUGUAUGCACAGCUUGAUUGGCGCACACGUCCUUUGGUUGUUGUGGUGAAGCUAUGGGCCCAAUAUCAUGACAUAAACGAUGCCAAACGCAUGACCAUUUCCAGCUAUUCGCUGGUAUUGAUGGUCCUACACUAUCUACAGAAUGGCUGCACCCCCCACGUGCUGCCCUGUUUGCAGACACUAUAUCCGGAAAAGUUUCAGCUCGGGCAGCAGGAUUGCUUCGAUUUGAACCUGAUCGAAACCAUCGAUCCGUAUCCCACACAAAACCAUCAGACGCUCGGAGAGCUAUUUCAAGGAUUCUUCAAGUACUACAGCUGCUUUGACUUUCGCAACCAUGCCAUUUCGGUGCGCACCGGCGGCGUUCUGCCAGUGUCUGCCUGUCGCCUGGCCAAGAGCAAUAAGAAUGAUGCCUACCAGUGGAAGGAGCUGAAUAUUGAGGAGCCAUUCGAUCUAUCGAACACGGCACGUUCUGUCUACGAUUUUGCCACAUUUGAGCGUGUCAAGGCCACCUUCGUGGCCUCAGCCCGUGCCGUGGAGCAGACGCUGGAUAUUAACUCAGUGUUUAGUCCCUUUUUCUUGGGAAAUCAAUUUGCAAAUCAGCCACAAUAUAGCCAUGGCCAUGCCCAGGGCCAGUCACGCGGUGCUGGAGGAGGAGGAGCUGGAGCUGGAGGAUCCACCUCUGCUGCUACUGCAGCUGGCAGAAACAACCACAUCAACACCAACAUGUCGCCGACCUCUGGAUAAAAACACUUAAAAACUCUCCAUAAUUGGAAAAACAACACCAACAAACAAACAAAAUUCAUGUAUUAAAAAAAAAUUUUGUAAAUUAUUAUUCAAAGAUUUUCGGGACUCCUCAAGCAACGCAAAGCGAUCUGAAAGAAUUAUUGCCUCUGUGUUUCCCGCAUAUCCUUUGAAUUUUAAUCGCUCAUAUUUCGUUAAAUGUUAUUCUCACCACCCCUUUCAUUAUUUAUACUGUUAUACACAAAAAUGUUAAUGCAAAUAAUUCCAAUUCAAAUUAUUGUAAACACACCACCACGUGGAGCCAUAGUCCCGCUCCGAUGGCAUGUCUUACUCUUUUUAAAUGUCAUCCGAAACUGUUCCAAUCCAAAUAAACACAAAAACACCGAA